CCCUAGCUCCUCCCAAGUCCAAACACACAGCAGACACGCAGGCACAAAAAAAAUACAGCAGACCAGCAAAGACGUACAGGAGAGCAGAGGACACACCGCAAGCUCUGUCUCUCUAGCCGUUCGGGCUGAUCUGUUACCGCCCUACCGGUGAUGGUGGCCGGAGAGCGGCCUCGGUCGGGGGCGUCGGACGCGGCGUCGUGGUGCUGCGUGGUGGCGCUCGUGCUGGUGGUGGGGUCGCUCGCCGGCGGCGCGGGGGAGGCGGAGGAGCUGGAGGGGCGCGGGGGCGGCGGGCCGCCGGUGGUGGUGGUGCGCGGCGCGCGGCUGGCGGCGCGGCCGUGCGAGGAGCUGUACGUGGUGGCGGAGGGGGAGACGCUGCACGGCAUCAGCGCCCGGUGCGGAGACCCCUACAUCCUGGAGCGGAACCCGCACGUCCACGACCCCGACGACGUCUUCCCCGGCCUCGUCCUAAGGAUCGCGCCGCGCGCCGGCGGCCGCAAGUGAAAUAGAAAGGGAUCACGUCGGACGAGUAACUGCAGAGGAAGGAACUCGAGCCACUGCCGUGUCUGGAACACGACGCGACGCCGGGCGGACAGGAACUCUCUUUCUCCUCUUGCUUUCAGGCGUGUCUUGUACGUACUGCAUGUGAAACAGACUUUGGCUUGGCCUUCGACUGUGAACAGAAAUAAGAAGCUG